ACGUAUGAUCCUUGUAUGAGUUGAAUGGAGGAUCUUGCAACUUCAAAUGUACAGGUUUUCAACAAAUUAAAUAAUUUUUAGUUUGUGUAUAUUGUAAGUUAAUCUAUAAAAAAUGGAUCCGGAACAAAAUACCUUCUAUCGAAUAGUGAACAAAAUAUUUUAUUUAUGGGAUGCACCAAUCGAAUAUUUCCGAGAAAAGGUCGUUGUACCAAAUCAAAAGAAAUAUCCAUGGUAUCAUCAAAAAUUUCGCCGAGUUCCAACAAUCGACGAAUGUUACGAACUAGACGUUGUUUGUAUUACAGAAGCACAAUAUCAAUUUGAGCGUGAUAAGAUGGUUGAAGAUGAAAUUCUUAGUAUACUAAGACAACGAUACGAAGAUUGUGGGUGGUACUAUGGGGAAGACAAAGAUAAAUUUUGUACUGACUACUAUAAAGCUUAUCAAGAUGCAGCUGCUGCUUGGUUUACAAAAUAUGGAGACAUUGGUGUACAACAAUCAGUAAUUGAGGCAUACAUGAAACAAAAACAUCGCAUGGUUUGGGAACGGCGUCAUGGUCCAGUCGGUAGUGGCAUUACUAAUAAAAAAUAUGCGAUAUAAAAUAUUAAUUCAUGUUCAUACUACACAUCUCAGUUUGAAAUUAAAGCUGAGUUUGUAUCAUUACAUAGAUAGAUACUCUGUAAAAGAUGAUAAAAUAAAUUAAUAUAUUGUAUUAUGAACUAUUGUACAAUGAAUAAAAAUAUAAAUGAUUGUACAACUAA